GUUCCCGAGGACGGGUGUUUCAGUGGCACGAAUCCCUGCCAUGGCAGCAGCGGAGGGAAAGGACCCGCUCAGCUUCUUCGCGGCGUACGGCAGCGACAACAGCUCGAGCGGCGGCUCGGAUGCUGAGGGCGAGGAAGGCUCCGGCCGGGAGGCCAAGGGCUCUUCGCAGCAGUCCCAGAACGGCACCCCGGAGGGGAAAUCGCGCUUGCCUGGGCCGGACGAGCUCUUCCGCAGCGUGAAUCGACCAGCUUUUCUUUAUAAUCCGCUGCAUAAGGAGAUCGAUUGGGAAAGCCGGGUAGUGCGAGCUCCCGAAGAGCCUCCUAAGGAAUUCAAGGCAUGGACCACAAAUGCUGUGCCUCCCCCUGAGACUUACGCUAUCAAAGAGAAAAAGCCUCCACCUCCUCCUGAACGUGAUAUGGCAAUCAAAUGGUCCAAUAUCUAUGAAGAUAAUGGAGAUGAUGCUCCAAAGCAUGUGAACAACGUACAUUUCUUACCAGAAGAAGAACAAGAAAAUGUUGAGUCAGAUGCUGAAAAAGAUGAACCCAGCUCAGUUAAGAAACGCAAAUUAAACCCUGACGAGCAGUCAAAGAAGAAAAAGCAAUGAUGAAUUGGACAAAGACUGAUGAGUUUAUCAAUCAAAGUUGUAAAAGUUCUGAUUUGAUUGAUGUUUGAUGUAAAUGUCAAGUCUAUUAAUGCAAAUGUUUCUAGUGGAAACCUUUUAAUUGCAACACAACUCUUUAAACAUGUUGUGGUAAGUACAGUAUUUUUGUUCAUAAAGACUUUGGAAGUUUGUCAUAUUCUCUUCCAGUUUAAGACGGAUUCUCAUGACACUAUAAACUGUAACAUACAAGGUAUAAAUUUGUUGCAUUUGAAGUUUAAUACUUGGAGCAAUAAGCAAACAUAAAAACUACCAUGUUUCUUAGAAAAUAAGACAGGCCUUAUUUUCUUUAGACCCCUGAAAAAACGGCCAGGCCAUCUUUUCGAGGGAUGUCUUAAUCUCCCCACCGCCCAUGCGCUUCGCCUAGCCACCGGGCCGCUUCUAUCACAGCUGAAAGGAAUGCCCUGCAUGCCUUGCCUCUCCACCAGGCUGCUUCUUUUGUGGCCGCCUACUAAAAGGAAUGCCCUACGCGCACCCUUGACUCUCCACUGGGCCAUUUCUGUAGGGCCUCAAGCUUAGCACAGACUGAGGGAAGAAUGGCAGGCAAGAAAAUUCUCCCUCUCCAUUUUCCUCCUGUUCUCCAAAAAGCCUCCAUUCCAAAACAUCAGCGUUCGGAAUGGAGGCUUUUUGGCAAACAGCAGGAAAAUGGGGAGGGGAAUUUUCCUGCCUGUCAUCCAUUCCUCAAGCUCCCUCUCUCCCCCCACUUUCCUGCCUUUCACAAAAAGGGCCCCACUCCAAGCCUUCAGCGUAUCCUAGGACCCUGCAAGGCUUGUUGUAGCGUUGCACAUGCAAGCAGUGGCAUUGCUGCGAGGUUCAUCACAUCGGCACAGCCUCAUCAAGCAUGACUCUGCAAAGAUUGCUGCGCCAUUGCGCAUGCGAGCGCUGGCAUCGCUGCGAGUUUGGAUACACUGGUGCUGCUGCUCACAGCAGGAUGCCAGCUGCACCAGUGUGAUGAAGCUCACAGAGGUGCUGCCAUUUAAUGAGUGCAAUGUCACAACAAGCCUUUCAGGGUCCUGCUCCAAGAGGAAUGGAUAACAGGCAGGAAAAUUUCCCUCCCCAUUUUCCUACCUUUCGUGAAAACAGCUCCACUCCGAGUCUCCCAGGAUUGCAAUGCUGAAGGCUCUAUUCCAAACCUUCCGCGGUACAAUCCUGGGAUACGCUGAAGGUUUGGAAUGCCUCUGCUUCAGCACAGAAUAACAUUUGUCCCUCUCUGCAUCUGAACAGUUUCCCCCCCCCAUGCCCGCGCCACCACUUGUGCCGGCCAUGCCCAUCCCCCGGGCUUAUUUUCAGGAUAAGGGUAAUAUUAGGCCCACCCCAACAAAACUUAGGAUUGGCUUAUUAUUGAGGUGGGUCGUGUUUUCUGAGAAACAUGGUACUUACACAUGAGCAGUGAUGAUAUAUGAAAUGUAAAUGUAAUAAUUGUUUACUGGACUACUAUUGUGAUAGAUUUUUUUCUUAAAAAAUAUGCUAUUGGGGGGGGAAGGAGAGUUUUUAACUGCAUUGUGGUGAAAAUGAAUUGUUUUUCAAUGUUUUUAAAUAGUUUUAAAAUAAAACUGCAUGUCUCAAAGGUACAUUUAUUACAAAUUUCACUGAUUGAAAUUGUAACUGAAAACUAUUUCUCUGUAGUACCGGUAUUAGACAAAUGUGUUUACUGUAUAUAAGUUGAAUUAGUCAUAACUUGGAGGUUAAAUUCAGAACUAUUU